AUGCUUGAAGUGUGCAGAUGCCCCCUGUCAGAAGAGUUGCCCAACUAAUCUGGACAUCAAGUCAUUCAUCACAAGUAUUGCAAACAAGAACUAUUAUGGAGCUGCCAAAAUGAUCCUUUCUGACAAUCCACUUGGCCUGACGUGCGGGAUGGUGUGUCCAACAUCAGAUCUCUGUGUUGGUGGCUGCAAUUUGUUUGCCACUGAGGAGGGACCAAUUAAUAUUGGUGGAUUGCAACAGUUUGCUACUGAGACCCUGGUUUUGUCUGCAGUUACCUACUUGCAUAGAA